AUGGAUUUCUCCAAAGAUCCUAUCAUAAUGACUGACACAUCGGCACAAAACGGACAACGUACCAGUCCUCCUCCCCGCUUUGAAGGAAAGCCUUAUCUGCAAUGUCUCGACACGCUCGAGGAUGCAUUCCCAGCGCUCAAGUCCUUCUUGGAAAAGCUAGCAAACGAGGGAGAAGCCGGCCGUCAGGCUGUCAGGCAACACUACGAGAAAGAGCAUCAACGUACGCCGGGUCGAUGCUAUUGCUUGGAGUUCAAGGCCAAAAGCGUUGUGGAGGUGGAAAAAGGUGGCUUUAAGAGCGCUGCUGUGCUCCGGGAGUACCUCAAGGAGAAGCCAGCCAAUAAGAGCCGUGAGGAGAGACACAAGCGGCUCUUCAUUCUUGAAGAUAUGGAACCGGACUAUGUGGAUGCACUGGGCCAUCAUCUAGGCGUCGACCCUCUGGUCUUCAGCGAGCAGAUGAAUACCUGGAACGUUACUGUCAUCCUAGUAGAUCCCGCCUUUGCUACCGCAUGCGAGCCGCCAAAGACGGAGUCGGCCAGCGGCGGACGGGCGACGGGUGUGGCUGCAAGCGAGUGCUUAAAAAAUCACGAGGCUGAACUGGAUCCAAGUGCACGCAAAGCUCUAGAUGAUUGCUUGAUCCUACAAGAUCCCACAAUCUUCCCCGACCGGUCGGAACUCUGGAAAGCACAAGACCACAAUUCAUCUCGACCCCCCAAACUCGAAGCGGUCUCUCAUCAGAGCUGGCCGUACCACUACGGAUGUUCUACAUUAGCUCCCCUCAUGUUCUCCGAAGUUGGUCUGGGUACAAAAGAGAUGAAUCUUCCAAUGUUCCAACAAAAGCGAAAUCUUACCAGUGCUAUGGAAGAAAUAGCAUUCCACUGGACCAAGCUUGCCACUCCAGACUUGAUCCAGCAGACGAACCUGAAGUCAUCCAAUGCUGCUUAUUACCUCUUGAAACAUGUUGCGCAACACUGGGUUAAUCAACUUGAGCUCAUGAAUACCACCAUUGCGAGGGCUGAAUGGUUCGCAGAUGACUACCAAGCCAAAAUCGACGACAAUUUGACCAAAAAGAAAUGGAAGUCUGACCUACUGGAGAUCAAUGAGAUUGCGAAGGACAUCAAUUACAUGCGCCGACACUUGAAUCACUUUUGGCGCGCUAUGUAUCUCAACCUAGAGCGUCUUGGUGUUCAGCUAGGUGAUGAAACUGUCACCAAAGAAGCGUCUCUAGCGAUCAAGCAUGCGCAGAAGGACUUCCUUACAAUACACACAAGGAUGCAGCCUUUGCGCGAUCGCGCAGAAGCCUUGAACUCUGUCUCAAACGAUCUCGCGAAUCUUCGGGCGGCGUUCAGAGGCGUCUCAGACGGCGAGUUCGGCCUUCGUCUCAGCCUGUUCGCAUCCAUCGUCUUCCCGCUCACCCUGCUUGCUGGCAUCUUCAGCAUGGGGGACGACUUUCGCCCUGGUAGAAAACAGUUCUGGCAACUCUGGGCUAUCGGCAUACCCGUUUGCGUUGUGGUCGCACUCGGAUUGGUGUACGGGAGAAGGCCCUGGGCAGUGGCCACCGAUCUUUGGGAGUAUGUAAGAUCAUGGUUCGAGUACUACGGGCUCAUGAAGCCCAAGGAAAAGAAUGCGGCGCAGAAACAGAAAAUUGAAGGUACACAAAUGAAAGAGAAGAGAACCCGCAAGCAAGGCGGACGAGCAAGUUUGGUGAGAAGGACAGGUUGGAACGUCCGGGACGAAGAACAUGGUGUUGAUGAUUGA